AUGGCUCCUCAACACCACAAAGUCGUUAUUAUUGGUUCCGGCCCUGCUGGCCACACCGCCGCAAUCUACUUGGCUCGUGCCAACCUCAACCCCUUCAUGUUCGAGGGUAUGAUGGCCAACGGAUUCGCCCCCGGAGGACAGUUGACUACCACCACCGAUGUCGAGAACUUCCCUGGCUUCCCUGAAGGUGUCAUGGGCGGAGAGUUGAUGGAAAAGAUGCGCGAGCAGUCCGUCCGUUUCGGUACUGAGAUCGAGACCGAAACCAUCACCAAGCUCGACACAUCUGCUCGUCCCUUCAAGCUCUGGCGCGAGGGUAGCGAAUCCGAGAAGGAGCCCACCGACACUGCUGAUGCCGUCAUUAUCGCCACUGGUGCUUCUGCCAAGCGCAUGAACCUUCCUGGAGAGGAUAUUUACUGGCAAAACGGUAUCUCUGCCUGCGCUGUCUGCGACGGUGCUGUCCCUAUCUUCCGAAACAAGCCUUUGGUUGUUAUUGGCGGUGGUGACUCUGCUGCUGAAGAAGCCAUCUAUUUGACAAAGUAUGCCUCGCACGUUCAUGUCCUUGUUCGUCGUGACAAACUCAGAGCCUCCAAGGUUAUGGCUUCCCGCCUGUUGAAGCACCCCAAGGUUACUGUCCACUUCAACACUGUUCCUACUGAGACUCUUGGUGAUGGAAAGCUGUUGGGUUCAGUUGCUACCAAGGAUACCGUGACUGGUGCUACCGGUAGCAUCCCUGCCAACGGUCUCUUCUACGCCAUUGGCCACGUUCCCGCCACUGAGUUGGUCAAGGGCCAGGUUAACUUGGAUAAUGAUGGUUACAUCAGCACAAUUCCCGGCACCGCUGAGACUAACAUUGUUGGUUUGUUUGCUGCUGGUGAUGUCCAGGAUAAGCGUUACCGCCAGGCUGUGACCAGUGCUGGCUCUGGUUGCAUGGCUGCUCUUGAUGCCGAACGUUACCUGAGUGAAUUGGAAGCCGAAGAGUAAAAAAAAACACCCCUCUAUAAUAAUAAGUAAUGAAUAAUGAAUAAUGGUAUUACAAAAAAAAAACCAAAAAAUAUAUACAUACAUAUAUCAAAACAAGGGGCUUGUAUCGUUCAUUAUCUUCCCUUUUUCUCUUAUUCUCUUCAUAUCUUUCUUUUAUACAUAUACAUAUAUUCUGUUCACAUUCUUUGCUUAAAGAGAAUAGAGCCAUUCUCUAGUUGAUUUUCUUUAUUUUAUUUUUAUUUUAUUUUAUUUUUACUGAUUAUUAUCAUUAUCAUUUUUUUUUUUUACAUUUAUUUAUUUAUUUAUUUAUUUAUUAAAUAUAAAAAUAAAGAAUAAAGAAUAAAUAUAUACAUCUUCA